AUGAAGAUAUUAAUUUUCCUUUUGAUAUUGUGCACUACUAAUGCCUACAUAUAUAAAUAUCCAAAAUAUUUUAACCGAAAUAAAAGAAGUUAUUUUGAUGGCGGAUUACUCGAUUUAAAUACAUUAGCGGUUGGAAAUGGUCCUGGUAUAAAAAUUAGUUUAGAAGAUUUAAAAAGUCUUUUGGCAAUACCACCAUCGCCGGUACCAGCUCCAGCACCGCCAGCUCCACCUCCAGCACCUCCAGCACCACCACCACCUCCGCCCCCACCACCUCCACCGCCACCACCACCUCCACCACCACCACCACCACCACCUCCACCACCAAAACCAGCUCCACCACCGGCACCAGCUGGACCCACUACAAUACAGUUACCAGCAUUUAUUCCAAUUAAUUUAUCAGCAAUGUAUUCAAUUGCUGCACCUCCAGCGGCGCCUCCACCGGAACCACCGGCACCGGAGCCCGAACCAGAAACACCAGCACCAGAACCGGAACCUCCAGCUCCGGAACCACCCGCACCUCCGGCUCCACCAGCUCCUGCUCCAGAACCUGCUCCAGCACCAGCUGCUGCACCUGCACCAGCACCUGCACCUGAAAUUAUUAGAAAUAUAAUAACAACUUUCGAAGUUAGAAAACCAAUUCCAAUUCAGUUACCUGCUCCAAAACCAAUAAUACUAUCAAGACCACCAGUUUCCACAUUCUAUACAAUAAGAGGACCAAUAUAUAAAGGUGGAUGGCGAUGA